GCACAUGAUAUUAUUUAAUAUUUAAUCUAAAUAUUAAAUUUGUAACUACAGCAUUUAAAAUUUUAAAUUCGAUACUCAAAACUUACUCUUGUAUUUCACUACUACGUUCAUCCUUGUCAUCGUGUUUUAAAUUAGUUUUAAUCAUGAAUACUUUAAUCAGAUCGUUAAGAUCUUCCUUGAAAAUUUCCAACGUGGUCGUUAAUAAUUGUACCAGAAAUAUAUCAAUGGCUCCCGUCUAUCGAUCAAUGUGGUUUGCAACAAAAAAAGUAGACCAAAUACGACCUUUCAACGUACGGCUUGCACACUCAUCAGUUGAAAAAGAAUUACAACAGUUCUUGGACAAUGAAAUAAAAAGUGAAGAACAGACGUCCGACAAAACAAAUUUACCUAAAACAUUUGAAGGAUUCAAAGUAUCUGCCGAUGGCGCAGAAGUAGAACUGACAAAGGAAACUUCAGAUGAAACAAUUGCCAUAAAAUUUAACAUCAAUCACUCUGUAACAGAAGAAGAAUCUGAAGGAGUAGAUAAAGUUGCAUUAAGGUCUAAGCCAGAUUUUGAAAUAGAUAUAACUCGAGGUGAUGUUAUUCUUGGCUUCAAUUGCUCAUAUGCCAACAACUUUGAUAACACAGAAUUAGAUGAAGCAAAUGAUGAAGUAUUUCACAUUGAUGAAGUUACUAUUUAUGAAAACAAAUACUCAGACAAUAAAUAUGCCUUAGCUGGAGAUACAUUGGAUGCUGACCUCUAUGAUUUAUUGAAGACGUUCCUAGCAGAAAAAGGUAUAUCCAACACAUUUAUUGAAAAUAUUUCUGAUUUAAGUACACAGUAUGAACAAAAAGUUUACAUCAAAUUUUUAAAUGAUUUAAGGAAAUUUUUUUAGAUUGUCAUUAAUAAUCUAAAGUAUAAAUUUAAACACUAAUUUUGUAUAUUAUUUUAGUCUCAUGUAAUAGAAAAUAAAUUGUGAAACUUAUCAAUAGUUUUUUUUUUUAUCAGA